AUGCCGAGUCUGCCACAGAGCUGGGCUCUCUUCUGGGUGCCACUCAUGCUUCUCUUUGGCUCCCAGCUCCUGGUGACCUAUACCUGGAGUUUCCAAAAGGAAGAGGAGUGGAAUGACCAAAAACUAAUUGCCGUUUAUCUCCCUUUCACCCUGGAGUUUGCCGUGUACACAUUCAACCAGCAGAGCAAGGACUGGUAUGCCUACAAGCUGGUGCGUGUCCUGGAUUCCUGGAAGGAGCAGGGUGAUGAUAAGAUGACAUUCUCCAUGAAUCUGCAACUGGGCCGAACCACAUGUGGGAAAUUUGAAGACGACAUUGACAACUGUCCUUUUCAACAAGGCCCAGAGCUGAACAAUACCCACACCUGCUUCUUCACCAUCAGCCUAGAACCCUGGAGAACACAUUUUGAACUCUGGAACAAGACAUGCUCAGCCGGGCAUUCCUGA